CUCUGUCCACGCCUGUCGGAGAUUGGUAGCAUCUUCGCAGAAUAACCGGCCUGUAAGAAGACGAAUGGGAUGCAGGGGAUGCACUGAGGGUGCGCGUGAGGGAAUCAGUUGUGCGGAAGGGGCUAACGCCCAGCUGCCCGACAGAUCGCGGGUUCGUACGUUCGCGAUUACACUUCCCAAAGGCUCCAGAUCCAAUUGUUAAUCAUCCUAAAACGGACGAUAAGAUAAGAUCGAGAUGUUACCUGUGCGACUCGACCGCUCACCCUUUAUAUAUUAACCUUUCAACAUUUCACCUUUUUUUUCAAUUCAAACAAAUUCUUCUCAUUUCUUUAGAUUGUUUCUCUGUGUUGAAAUAAUUUAUACCAUGUCCGUGUCUUCUCUCAAAUUUGUAGGUGGUAACGAACAAUAUCCAUUGCUUGAUUCGAGACUAAUUUUUCAUAAUUGUUCCAUAAAAAUAACGUGUUAUCGUGCAAUGAUAUUAUCGAACGAGAAACGAAUACAGAAUUUUGAGUAUUGGUGAAGGGAAUUAAUGAUUUCUUCGUAUUCCUGAUUAGCUGUAUGCACACCGAAGAUGAGAUCUCUCGUGAUCAGCUUCUCCUUUGUAUUCUACUUGACUCUAAUGGGAGCUUCGACGACGACCGAGAUAUCCUGCGGCGGCCGCUUGACAACGCCAAGGGGAGUGAUCCAGACUCCGAAUUUCCCCCAACCUUUCCCCGUGCCGAUCAAGUGCCGCUGGGUAAUCGAUGUAUCCGAUAUUCCAGCGACCAACAGCUCCAUCGUCGUCUACUUGACGCAGGUGUACGUGUACAAGGGUCUGAGCUUCACCGAGUACGCCUAUUACGAGUCGGAGAGCAUGAAUUUUGGCGCCACGUUGAUAAAGGAGAUCACCGAGGGGAACGUGUUCGAAUACAAAUUCUUCAGGACGUUCAGACCGUUUCUGGUGAUCGAGUUCGAGCUCGAUCGCCUCGAGGGCAAUCACGUACGCGUUCUCAACAAUUUGUUGAACGUGUACGGGUUCAAUGUCACGUAUCAGAUGACCGAGGAUGUGCCGAAUUCCGAUUCUUGCUCCGUCCAGCAUUGCUCCUACACAGGCAAUUGUUUCGUGUCUGGAGAUUAUACGAACUUUUGGUGCGAUUGUUUCGAUGGUUUCAAUGGAAAAAAUUGUAACGAAGGACCUCUCUGCUCUGACGAUAGGAAAAAUCCUGUUUGUCGAAAUAAAGGCAUUUGCAAACAAAUUGGAGCAAAAGCAAUGACCUGCGAAUGCACCGAUGAAUACGUCGGUCGUAAUUGUGAGAUCCAUCUUUUGAAUACUAUGGAAGAAUGCAGAAUGGAGAAUUGUAUAAUACAAUGUCCUCAUGAGGAAGUGGCGCAGCAGCCAUGCGCAUGCAGGAAUGGCACGAAAAUCUAUAAUAAUCGAUCGAGAUACGAAUGCAGAAUCAAAUUGUCGAACAUGACAUCCCUGAAAACCGGUCUAAUAUCACAAUACGGCAGCUUGGAAUCUUAUAUCAGUAAACAGCUUGCAAAAUAUUUAAGGAAUUCUAAUAUCUCGUUUACGGAGGAUUUACAAAUCCUGAGCGUGACACCCACGUCGGAAAUUACUUUCCACUUUUUCGGAAAUUCUGAGGAUGGGGAUAAAAUUCGAGAAUCGCUCAACAAAUUGGUUCAACGACGACGGCUCAGUGAAAUUUCUCUUGAAUCGACUCAUUUUACUUUUCAACAAAAACCUACGCUCAAAUUACAGAGUCUUAAGCUAAGUAAAGGAAAUGAACACGAAAUACAUCUAGGAGAUCAGAUCAUUCUUUCUUGCGUUGCUCAAGGCAGUUAUAACAUAAAUUUCACAUGGUACAAGGAUAAUAUGUUAGUGAACAUGAAUAAAGCCAUCAGGGGAAUUCGAUAUAAAUAUUUUUCCAAUGAUGGUUCCGAUCUACACACAUCAGUAUUAACUAUUGAAAAAGCAACUUUACUUGAUGCUGGUCAAUACACUUGUCAAAUAGUUGAUUGGGGCGUGCAACAAUGUAAGAGUAUUUACAUAGACGUGAGAGAUGAACCGGAUGUAAAGGUGAUGCCAAUGAGCGUCACUAUAGAUAAGGGAACCAAUAUACAAUUAACAUGUAUGACGCCUAAUGUACCCAAUAUUGGAAUAGGAUUUGGUUGGACAAAGAACAAAGUUCUAUUGAAACUAGAACUUGGUAGUGAAGUCUGGGAAGAUUUAUAUCCGACUGGAAGUAUAUUAAAAAUUACAAAUGCACAGAAAUCUGCAAUAUAUACUUGUAAUGUAGCAGACAAGUUUAUGUCUGUUCGUGUACAAGUUGUAAAUCGAACAUUAAUACCGAUUUGUUUAAAAGAGAAAUCCUGGGGUUUAAUUUGGCCAGAUACUGCUCCUGGAUCUGAAGCAUUAUUAGAAUGUCCUCAACAUUUUGUGGGUAAAACAGUAUCCAGGCUAUGUUCAAUGAAAGAUGCCACAACUCCUGAAUGGCAAAUACCAGAUUUUUCUUUCUGUUUAUUUGAACCAUUAGUUAUACAUUAUAAUAAAUUUAAAAGCUUAACUUUAGGAUAUCAAAAUACAAGUGGUUCUGAAACAAUUUUCCUAUUUUGGGAAAUCCUGCGAACUCGUAAUUUACCUCUCUAUCCCGGUGAAGGAGAUCGUAUUUUAAGUAUUCUGACAGAAAUAGAACGUUAUCAAUAUCACAUUGAUCCAUCUGAUUUAUAUGCCUCCACAGAAACUUUGAUACGAAUAAUUAGUCGUAUAUUGAACGAUGAAAAUUCAAUUUUGAAUCAACAAAAAGUUCUAUUGCUUCUUCAAAUCAUUCAACGAAGUUUAAUACAUUGGUCCAAGAUGACUAUCCAUCCUUAUAAGCAUUUAUCCUUUUCUUCCUUGGUAGUAGACGUUCAAGAACUACAGCAACAUAGUGGAGAUAGUAUCACUCAUUCUCUUCAAAUCCCUAUAGAUGAAUCUAUGUAUCCAAAUUGGUACGAAGAUAAAACAACAGUGCGAUUAUGGAAGAAACGGCAACGUGGAAUAAAAUCUAAUAGUACCUUAUAUGGAAUAGUAGUCGUUUACAAAAAUAUAUCUCAUUUUUUUCCUGCAACAUAUGUUAAAGAACUUGAUGAUGGUACAGAUUUGGAAUUUCGAAUAAAUUCUCGAGUUAUCACAGUAGCAGUGCCUACUUUCAAUCUAGACAAACAUAAUAAAAUCUGGGUAGAUCUACAGCUAAAACAUAUACAGAAUCAGUCAAAUUCGUGGAAUUUGUCUUGCGGGUUUAUGGACGUUACAGGUUCCUGGGAUCUGAACAAUUGUAUCGCCAAUACAUCUCCAAGCGAUGCUGCCACGCAUUGUCUUUGUCCUAAUAGCGGAACUUUUGCAGUUUUCUUAACAGCACGUGCUGUAAGAGUAGUACUUGCAAAAAAAGAACAGACCACAUUCAUCGUGAUAUUUGGAUGCGGUGGUUGUUUAGCACAAUGUCUUCUAUCCUCUUUGAUCCUUGGAACUUUUUGGUGGACAAAUCAAAGCUGGAUGAACUUUUUAAAGCUUCAGUGUUGCUGUGCUUUAAUCGGAGCAAUGGCUGUUUUCAUUUAUGCCGUUCAUAAUGAUUUACCAGAGAGUUCCUAUGCGAUCGUGGCAAUAACUUUGGAAGCUUUUCUUCUUAUUGGUAUGUCAGCGCCGGUAUCAGAAGCUCUAAUCAUUUAUGCUGGUCUAACUCAAGUUCGAUCCAGUCAACACUUUCAACCUACCGUUAUUGCAGUCAUUACGGGUGUCCCUAUCUUAGCCGUGUUAAGUACAGAACUCACACAUAAGAGUACCGGUUGGAGACACGAAUCAUGGUGGUUAAUUUUUGGCAGUGGAGUUUAUAAUAUCUUUGUUACUUGCGCGACAAUGAUGUUUCUUAUAUUUAUAUUAUUAUACUUGGGAAUUUUACACAAAGCUCAUGCUCUUGUUGAAGAAAAUGUUAUGAAAAAGGAAGCGAUAGACAUCAGAUUACGAAUGCUUCAUCGAGCUGCCAUAGUCAUUUGUAGCAUCAUUGCGACAGAGACUGCCUCCAUUUUUUAUAUAAAUUCCACCUCCAUCAUUUUUCAUUAUAUAUUUGCUUCUCUUUCUUCUGUCUUGGGUUUUGUUAUAAUGAUGAUGUAUAUCAUAAAUGGUGAAUUGACUACGAUUGAUUUAAUCUUACGAAAACUAAAAUGGAAACAAAAUGCAGAAGAAGAAGAAAUAACAUCUGAACCGAUAAAGGUGUGUUCAAAAAAUAGUGCAGAAGUGGAGAAUGACACCGCUCCACCUCUCCAAUCAUCUUUGGGUAUUGGAGAAUCAUAUUUAGAAGUUCGCGGGAUUGCAGCGGGUAGUAUAGACAUGCGGGAAUUCAUCAACGAAUCCUCGUCUUCAUAUUCGAAAUCUUCCAUUCCCAUUGCCAACAGAUUUCUACCAGAGAUUCGCAUCGAUCAUUCGGAUGAUAUAAACCUGGAGAAUUAUAGCACUAGUCCGCGAAAGUAUCAAGAAGCUAUCGCGUUUGAUAGUAUAGUUUCUUCACGAUCAUCGCAUUAUGUAAACGAGCCCUAUACCACGAAUGAAUGUUGCAGUUUCCGGGAAUUUGGUAAAUUCAGAGAGUCUCAAGGACAAAUCUUCAUUGCACACAAUCCGUCGUCAGAAAGUUCAGCAAAAGUUUUAUGCAGCGCUGAUGUUGAAUCACGUUUAAGUGGGAUGCCAGAUGUGACUUUGGCCGUGAAAAAAGACGUUGAAUUAUCCGUGCCAGAUCUAAAAAAUAGGGAACAUGUGAACGUUAUUCCCGAUAUUGCCAACACCACGGAACGUAAACAACCUGAUGGUGAAGAAAAGGCACCUGAAAUUGUGAUCACGAACUGCGAAGCUACAGCAAGUGGUAUGCUAGAUCGUAUUGCACAUGAUCUUGAUUAUCUGUUAAAUCGUACCCAUUCGGAUGGAACAUAAAUUUGGUCAUCCUGCAAGAAAUUGAUUCACUGCUCAAAUUUAUUAGAAAACAUAAUUCCAUUAAGCAUAAUUCAUGUAAUGUUUAAUGGAUAUAUAACUUUAACUUUAUCAUUUAUGAAAUUUAAUAAUGUGCUUAAAUGAAAUAAAUAAAAAUCAUUUUUGGAUAUUUACUUGAUUCAGAAGUAUAUUAUAAUUAAAAAGUGCUGUUCAAAGUAAAUUUUGGAACUCCUUUGGAAAGGAACUCCCUUUUAUUUUCUUUUUUAUUUAUAAAAGUUAAAUAAUAAUAUAUUAUGUAUAAAAAAUAUAUUAUUCACAAUAUUUAUAUACAUG